GCGCGCUGUCAGUGUUGAAAAGGGUAGCAGAAGUGUUCAGUUUAGGAGAAAAAAUCAGUUUUCUUUUUUCGAGAGUUCUUGUCUUGAAUUCUUGGCGAGUUCUUGUAGUCUGUAUACGUGUCAGAGGACGACAUUAAUACGUUAACGGAAGGACUACACGAGUAUUAAAAUAGAUUUUCCGAAUUGCCGGAAUAGAUUCCAAAUUAAUAUUAAUUUUGUUUCAUCGAAUUAUUAUUGAUUAAUUAAUAAUAGUUGACUGUGCAUUGAAAAGUAAUUUUUGAACAGUAGCGCAAUCAACAACUUACUGAUCCAAAAGUUGUAUAAAUUUGAGUGCUAAUAACGAGAUAUUCGAAAUGGAUUAUUCUUUCUUUAAGACGGAAAUCUCUAAACGCAGGCGACCUGCCACAACGCGAGAGCUAACCAAAAUAGCGUAUUCUGCGCCGACAAGUACCAUUUCUUUGGCAGAGGGAAUGCCCAAUGAAAGUACGUUUCCGUUCACGGAAAUGUCGGUUAAACUCUACGACGGUUUGUCCUUCACUCUCGACAAAAGUGAAUUAGGCGCCGCUCUUCAGUAUGUACCAACGCAAGGUUAUCCUCCUUUUGUUGAGGCCCUGAGGGAAUUCCAGAGAAUGGCACACGCGCCACCCUUAUGGGAGAGCCGUGACAUAGUCGUCGUUUCAGGGUCUCAGGACGGGCUUAGCAAGACUCUGGAGGCUAUAAUCGGCACUGGUGAUCCGAUUUUGGUUCCCGACUCCUUCUAUCCCGGCGUCGAAGUUGUGGUAUCACCACAUCAAGCGGAGUUCAUAACGAUCCUGCAGGACGACAAUGGUCCUAUACCGGAAAUACUCAGGGAAAUUCUUGGAAAUCGGAUGCUUUCUAACGCGAAAAUGCCGAAAGUAAUGUAUAUAAACGCUACGGGCACAAAUCCUACCGGUAUUAUUAUACCUUUGGAAAGACGCAAAGAAAUCUACAGGAUAGCCUGCGAAUAUAACUUCUUGAUACUCGAUGACGACCCUUAUCAUUUUAUGCAUUUUGAAAAAGAAGAACCCAAGUCAUUUUUAUCACUCGAUACAGAGGGUCGAGUCAUUAGGUUGGAUACAUUUUCGAAAACGAUCAGUAGUGGCAUCAGAAUAGGCUUUAUAACCGCUGCGGCUCCGCUGAUAGCCAGCAUAGAGCUUCACCUGCAGAGCAGCCAUCUUCAUGCUUGUACAUUAUCUCAGGUGUUGUUGUAUAAGCUGAUGAAAAUCUGGAGUUAUAAUGGUCUGAUGGAGCAUUAUAUGAGAUUAAGGCAUUACUAUAAGCAGCGAAGAGAUACUAUCUCGGCGCUGGCACACAAGCAUCUCGAUGGUUUGGUAGAUUUUAAUGUACCACAAAGUGGAUUCUUUUUGUGGUUAAAAGUACGAGAAGUCAAGGAUACAUGGAAGAUGCUAAUGCAACGGGGAGUUGCUGCAGGCGUCAUUUUGACGCCAGGAGCAGCAUUUAUGAGAGAUUCCUCGAAACCUUGUAAUGCAAUCAGAGCAAGUUUUACCAAGGUUUCCUAUAAGGAAAUGGAUCUGGCAAUGCAACGAUUGGCGCAAUUAAUUCGGGCAGAGCUAGCCGAAAAUUACAACAUGGAUACGUGAUAAUAGUUAUAUAUGUGGACGAAUGAGAGUAUAACUCAUGAAAAGGAAUGUACCGAACAUUGGUAGAAACGCGAAUCUGUGUAAGACCAAAAUGAGUUUUAUACAUUUUCGACGUUCGUAGUACAUGGUUCUGAAUUUCGUUAGUAGAGGACAUUGCAUGACCAAAACUGCCUAUUUGCAGUAACGUUUAACAAUUAUUAAAAUUUUUAAACAUUAUGAUAUAAUUAAAAUAAAAGUAGAAAACGUAAGUUUUUCAUUGUUUCAUAACAACAUGUUAUGAUUAUUUAUGAUAUUAAUUUGAUUGAUAUCAUAAAUUAACAACUUAUUUUAAUAUAUUAGAUUUCGUUAAAUCAAGCAUUUUAUGUCAUCACUAUUUUUAUCUUUAUAUAAACGUUUGCGUAAAACAAGGGAAAUUGUUUAAUAAAAUAAAAUAAUAAAAUUUUACUUUUUUUAUGUAGAAUAUCUUUAAUAUGACAUUUUUAGACAUCUAUAAUAUCUGAUAUGACAUUUUAGACAUCUAUAAUACCUGAUAGUUAUUAAAUUGAAAACUAUUAUUACUUCUAUGAUAUAUUAUCUGCAG